AUGUUUGCUAUUCCUCCAGGAAUAAAGGUUCUUAUUGUUGAUGAAGAAACAUUAGCAAUUGUUAGUGUUGUAAUGGCAUUUUCUGAGAUAAUGGAGAAGGAUAUUUUUCUAGUUGAGCGCAUUAGGGCUGCUCGUGAACCACUCAACCACCUCACAGGAGUUUUCUUUGUUCGCCCUACAAGUGACAAUGUCACGCUAAUAUCGCAAGAGCUCAAGUCCCCAAAAUACGCUUCCUACUACUUAUUCUUCAGCCAUGCUUUAUCAAAGCAAUCGUUGAAACAACUCGCAGAGGCAGAUGUCCAGGAAGUCGUUGUUGAGGUACAAGAGUAUUUUGCCGAUUUUCUUGCUCUAUCUCCUCAACUUUUUGCCAUCGGAAGACCUAUCUCUUUUGUUCCUGGUCUUGAUGUCGUUCCUGAGGUCCUUUCGCGUUCCACAGAUGCCAUUACGGCUCUGCUUCUCACACUUCAGUGGUUUCCUCAGAUUCGCUAUCAACAAUCUUCUGAACCUUGUCGUGCUCUCGCCGAAUCCAUUCGAUCGUUUUGUUCUCGUGAAACUGAUCUAUUUGACUUUCGAAAACCAGACCGUCUUCCUGUUUUACUCGUUCUAGACCGACGCCAAGAUCAAAUCACUCCUCUGCUGACCCAAUGGACUUAUGAAGCAAUGAUUCAUGAACUUAUUGGAAUUAAAAAUAAUCGCGUUAUUCUUCCUUCUUCAUCUAAAACGCCUGAUAAGGCAUCUGAAUUGACACUAUCUCGAGAAUUUGACGAUUUUUUUAAGAAGAAUCAAUAUCUUAAUUUUGGUGAAAUUGGACAAGCAAUUAAAGACCUUGUCGAUAAUUUUCAGAAAGUAACCAAAAAAGUUGAGGCGGAGAAUGCGAAAUCAAUUUCUGAUUUAAAGUGUCUGCUAGAAAAUUAUCCAGCAUUUCGAAAAGCUUCAGGGACAGUUGAAAUGCAUGUCACCAUAGUGUCAGAACUCUCGCGAAUUGUUAAGGAGCGCUCCUUAUUGGAAAUUAGUGAAGUUGAACAGGAGUUAGCUUGCCAAAAUAACCAUUCCUCAAAUUUCUCGCGCGUCCGUUCUCUGGUAUCUGACCCUCGGAUCAAAAAUUGUGACGCUCUGCGUUUGGUUCUUCUCUAUGCUCUUCGUUAUGAAUUUAACCACAAGGAGAUCUCAAUAUUGUCAACUGCCCUCGCUGAACGUGGCAUACCAAGGGAUGAUGUUCGUGUUAUCGGGCAUCUCAGCGAUCAUCCAAGCAGUCAGCAGCGUGUUGGUAGCACUGGUGAUCUCCUUUCCAAUCCAUCUGUCUCCAACGCGACAAAUGCAGUCGCCUCUAUCACCAAACGCCUCGUCAAGGUGCGCAAAAAUGUCGAGAAUGUCUAUACGCAACAUGAACCUCUGCUCUCGGAGCUUAUUCGAGAACUUAUUCAAGGACAAUUAUCAGAAUCAGCCUUUCCAACACUCAUUCAUGGGCAAGGUUCAUCUCCGAGUUCCUAUCCCGCGAAACAGAUUAUUGUUUAUAUUCUCGGUGGAGUGACUUAUGAGGAAGCUUUAGCAGCACACAAGCUAAUGUCCUCUAACAUUGGAUUGAGUAUAAUUUUGGGAGGAACUACAGUUCAUAACUCGGAGUCCUUCCUUGAUCAACUGCGUUCCUUUUCGCAUUCCGAAUUGCAAGUUGAAGAUGUAGAGACGAUCCCCAUGAUAACUUUAAUUUCACGUAAUUGUCAACUUCCUGUGGCGUCAUUUGUUGCAUUUAAACAACCUCGAAGAUUCCGGUACAUUCCUUCCCCAGGAACAUUGGAUCAGAGACUCUUUCGCGAGGUUACAAAACCGAUUUACCGUAAGCCGACUCUUUCAAGGCAAGAAAGAUAUAUAGCCAUACUCGAGGAAUUUGAAAAAAGGCACGAACAGAAUCCAUACCGAAGCUUCUUGAUUCGGAAGGCCAAGACAGACUUCUAUGAUAAAGCUGAGGGUAGAAUGGUUCUCGUAUUCCACCAACUUUAUGCAUAUCAAUGGGAGAAGCAGCCGGUAAUCAAUAAACUCUUUGAAUAUGGUCUCAGAUUCCGCGGGUUUCCUAUGGAAAUAUUGAAAGAGGCUGCCAAGGGUACAAAGUGGCAACGAUUUGUAGAUACUGUGCUCAAGCAGCCUAUUCCAAAUCUCUACCUCUUUGGAGAUGCCGAUCCCCGAAUUUGUGAGAAAGCGUUAAACAUUACGAGUAAAACUAGGUUCUUCAUUUUGCUCGGUGGAGUCAUUCAGCAUCGCAUAAUGACUCGAGAUGAGGUAAAGAAAUUUGCCAGUCUCGGAGAAUUGCCAGCACUUCACUCAGAGCUAUUGGCCACACUUCAACAACCCACCACGGAAACCGCUCGGCUUCUCAAUCAUCAUGGUGGAGAAUUGGCCAACCUUCUACAAUACCAUUCCAAAUCUACGGAUAGCAGUAGUGACGCCCAAAGUGCAUCGAGUGACCAGGUUGAUGACUCGUCUUCAAGUAGUGAUUCAGAUUCUUCUGAGAGCGAUUCUGACUCUGAUAAGGAAAAGUGA